UUCUGUCGUCACUACUUCUGCCGCUUCUUGGACGGGAGCCAUUCUCCAUCUACCUCCUUCCUUAGCCAGUCCGCGACCUGUCAGCCUCAUUGCGAUGGCAUCUGUGAUCCCCUCUGCAACCGAUAUCAGUGUCAUCGUGGUUGAGCCUUUCUCCCCGGCAUCGGAUACUGGUGUCACUUCUAGCGCACCCACCCGGGGCGAUUCUACCGCAAGUAAUUCCGUGACUGCCGUUGAUUCAACUAUUCUUACCAAUUCUACUGGUUCCCAAACGCCUCCUACAUUGGCUUCUCAGUCGAACACCCCGAGCUAUGUUCUUGCAGGUAGUAGUCUGUACCUGCCGUCAAUUCGACUACUCCUACCAUUUCAUCGGAAACCAAAAGCCUCCUUCGACGGGUUCUCAGUCGAGUCUGCUGGUCGCACACAAUGACACCUCAGUUGCCAGGAUUGCAGACAUCGCGGGAGGAGUGAUCGGAGGAGUCAUUCUUGCAGGUGCAAUCUUCCUCUACGUCCUGCGAACGAAGCGUUCAAGAACGUACCCGUCACAACGCCGCGACGCCUCUCAGGAUAUAGUCAGAUCUGGUAUGGUUCAUUCUCUGAGCUCCCAUACUACACUGCAGGCCCCUACAAGUCA